AUGUGCACGGCUAAGACUCUUUCAGAUGAAGCAUCGGUGAACAACUUCACUCUACUUGGACUACGAACUUCCGGCAGAAACAAACAUAAGCACUCAAUCAACAAGAUGGCACCUAACAAGCGAAACAUCUUUACCAUACUCUUCGCCAUACUACUCCUCCUCGCGUCGGCGAGCGCCGCACCAUACCUGAAUUCAAGCAGCACAUCUGUCGAAGAACUUCAUUCCAGAGGCGCCUCAGAUUACCGCGCCUAUCUUGUCAAUGCACUGCUCUGCAAAGCAAACCCAACCAAUCUCAACAUGUGCACACUUGCAACAAUUGACAUACAAAUUCCAAUUCCGUCCGGCUACGCCUACGACGGUGUCGCGAUUUAUGUUUUUGACCACAAUUGCGUGGUCAUUGGAUACAACCCUCAAGUUGAUAGAAAGCAACUCAACGGACAAGCCGAAAACGAUUGUUUCGGAAUGUCUUCGGAACUGCCUCACUAUGUUAUCGUCUGUCAGAGUGGCCUUUGGUUUCCGGAUCCUAUUGGUGCAAUGGGAAUCUGGUAUAAUGGAGAAUUUGUGGCUCCUAGUGAAGACACGGCGAAUCUCGUGGCAGGAUACACUGGUAUUGGUACUGCGCAAGACGAUGUUUGGUGGAAUUAUGCUUGGGCUCGCGUAGCUUUCCCCUGCUGA